CAAUAGAGAGCUGUCAGUCGCAUGUGGUUCGCCCGUGUAGGUAGUUGGUUAUGUUGCUGUAAAGUAACAUACUAAAUUAACAAACAGCGAUUUAUCACGCCAAAAUAAAUAAAUGCAGCACAAAAAGCUUGAUAAUAAAUAAACUCUACUCAAAGUGUUGUGAAUUUUUUUACAUGGUGAGAGAAACUAUCGGUUUUUGAGUUUCGUGUAUAUUCAAUUCUUGGAAAGUUGGAUAGUGGUUCGGCGGAUUCGAAUGCAGGCAUAGAUCAAGAUGUGGUGGGUAGUCGUGGUGGCGGCGGUGGCCAGCGCGACUCGUGCGCACUCCGCCGGCUACUGCUCUGUGAACACGUUCACCACGAACGCCACGUGGAUGCAGUUUACCAAGGAACCGGUACCAUUCGAAUACGGCUUCGAAGACAAGUUCAAGAGCAUUCAUUGUUGCGUCAGGGGAUACAGAAGUAUCGAAUGGUUCAAAGACGGUGUCGCGUAUCCGUGGUCGGCCGGCGUAUCGAAUCUCAUCCUGUAUCCGGAAGCUGCAAAUCAGACGCUUUACACACGGCGGGCAUCGCGCGCAGACUCUGGCAACUACACCUGCCGACUCAGCAACGAAACCCACAUACAGACGCACACGGUCAGGCUCGAUAUACUAGAAAAAUCGACAGACACACCGAGAACAAUGUUCAUUACGAAAGACCAGUGGGUGGAGGAGGGGGGGCAUCUGCGCCUGUACUGCGAAGCGCUCAUAGGUCGUUCGAAUUUAGCAGAUGCCCGAAGCGACCUCCGCUGGAGGAAGGUCUGGUCGAACGGCACCGAGGGAGACGUGCCUCCCACGCAAACCGAAAUCAAAACCUCCCGCGACGACGUACAGGAUAUAAUCGGUUCGUAUUUGAUUAACGAGCGCGUGGCGGCCCAGGACUACGGGAUGUACGUGUGCCUGAUCCACAGCAACGACGUCGAAUCCCGGAGCUACGUAACGAUACAUUACACACACGCUCCCGGUGGUGCCGAGAACGGGUGGUGCGGCGGAUCUCAGGUACCGUGGCGGGUGCUGGCGGCGGGUGGCGCGGGGGGUGCACUGCUGCUGCUGACCAUGGUCGCCUUGCACCGCCGCUGCACGCCACGACUACUGCUUGCUGUGAGACACGCACGGGCCAGAGCGCAGACCACUGCACACACUGCUAGAGUACUGGAGAAGGAGUUCGACGUGCUGGUCUGCUGGACGGCGGUGGACGCGGAGCUGGUCCGGGGCGCGCUCCUCCCGACGCUCGUGCUCAAGUACCACUACCGCGUGCACGCGCUGCAGCUCUCCACGCAACCUGACCUCUGGUACAGCGAGCUGGUGGGCGAGGCGGCUCGGUGCCGGUCGCUGGUGGCGGUGCUGUCGCCGGCGCAGUACUCGCCGCAGCAGCUGCUCACCGCGCUCAGCCAGCUGCGGGCCCUACCCCUGCCGCCCGUCGUCGUCCUACUACAGGAUCUCCCGAAGCUGAAGCGCGAGGCGAAGGAGGGCGGGUCGCGGCUGGUGGCGGCGCUGCGCGGCUCGCGGCUGGUCGCAUGGCGCCACGUGCACGAGCGCGCCUUCUGGACCGCGCUGCGCCUCGCGCUGCCGCUGCCGCCGCGGGGACAGACGAAGCCGAACUUAACUGAAACCGACGCGAAGAAAACGAAUACAGGCAGUUUGACGGCGCUCGUUUAGACGCGCGUGUGGCCGGCGCGUCACGACGGCAGCUACUGGGCACUCGGCUCGGCGGGCCUCACCGGGCCUCACCGGGCCUGAAGGCCCUGCGAUAUGCACCAAGGCCACCGAUGCCGUUAAAUAAAGACUGUGACAUUUUAGUUUUACGUUCGAAUAUCACGAUGAUAUUUCAAUUCGAGAGUGAAUUUAAUUUCGAUAGUUUUCUGAAGAUCUCAGAAUGUUAUUUUUUUUCUCUUCCGAAUCUGUUCGAAGACUAAACAAUUUAUAUUUCUCUUGUGCCAAAGGGAAACGUUUCGUCAUGACAAUUAAUGCUACUUACCCAAACUUAUUGGUUUGGUUGUAUUAGACUAUUUAUUCUAUUUAAUUUCGAUGAACAUAUCAUGUCUAAAUUUUAGUUUUCAUUUGAAACUUAAUUUUUUGUACUUUUUUUUUUUGUUUGUUUAAUCUUUAUUUUAAUAAUAUGCGUUUCAAGUAUUAUUAUUAUAUUAUCACAGAACACACGUUGUAUUGGUAUUAAAAUUUUGAAGUUUGUAUAUCUUUUGGCUGUUAUCUCACGUGGAUGGAUGGAUACUCGUUUUAAUUUGGGUAUAUUUAGGUAUAGUUAAAUAACGGAACGUUAAAUAUAGUUUUAACAAAUUUUUUUCGGUGUUCUGUGAUUCUCGUUUCAUUAAUUUCGGUUAAGCUAUUUAUAUGAUGGCCGUUGUUCGUACGUUUUGGGCAGCGAGAGUGACGCUGACACGAUCCCGGGUUCUGUGAUAAAACGAAGAGCGGAUAUUAUUAAGAGAGCGCAGCAGGGCUGUAGAGCCUCUAGUGCAGCGGUCGGGGAACUUUUUUAAUUAUUACUCCAAAACAUUUUUGUGUAAGUUGAUAUUACCCCAUGGCGAAGAACAAAAAAAAAACGAAAUCGCUU